AUGUCUGACGUGAAAGCCGAUCUGAAGAAGAUGAAGGGCGUGUCCGAUCGUGACCGCCAGAUGAUCGAGGACGCCGAGGUUUUGCUGGGCCCGGAUCCCGAUGAGAUGGGGAUGGUGAAGAACCUGUUCUGGGGGAACAUCCGCGAGGAGAUGUACAUCCCCUACCCCGCGAGCGACGCGGAGGAGACGGCGCGGUGCGACCAGCUCCUCGCGGCGCUGGAGGACUACCUGCGGAACGAGCACCCGUCGGUGCAGAUCGACCAGGAGCAGGAGAUCCCGCGGUGGGUGAUCGACAAGCUGUUCGAGCUGGGCGUGAUGGGGAUGACGAUCGGCCGUGAGUACGGCGGGCUCGGGCUCGGGGUGACGAGUUACGUCCGCGCGGUGAUGCUGUUCGGGAACGAGGAGCAGAAGAAGCGCUGGCUGCCCCACCUCGCGCAGGACUGGGUGAGCGCGUUCUGCCUUUCCGAGCCCAACGUCGGGUGCGACGCGGGCGGGCAGGAGACGCGGUGCGAGCUGUCCGAGGACGGGUCGCACUACAUCCUGAACGGCGAGAAGAAGUGGGCGACGAGCGGCGCGCUGUCCGGCCUGUUCACCGUGAUGGCGAAGCAGAAGAUGGACAACGGCAAGGACCGCGUCACGGCGCUGGUGUGCAUGCCGGACAUGGAAGGCAUCGAUAUCUUCCAGAAGAACCGCAGCAAGUGCGGCAUCCGGGGGACGUGGCAGGCGCGGAUCAAGUUCAACAACGUGAAGGUGCCGAAGGAGAACCUGCUCCACACGGAGGGCAAGGGCCUGAACGUGGCGCUGACGUGCCUGAACUACGGCCGUUGCACGCUCAGCGCGGGGAUGCUGGGCGGGGCGAAGCGGGCGAUGGACCAGUCGAUCAAGUGGGGCCGGACGCGGUUCCAGUUCAACCGCCCGCUGGCGGACUUCGAUCUCGUUCAGCAGAACAUCGCGACGCAGAGCGCGCUGUGCUACGCGAUGGACGCGAUGCUGUACACGACGACGGGCGUGCUGGACCGGCACGACCCGGACAUCAUGGUCGAGACGGCGAUCUGCAAGACGUUCUGCUCGGAGAUGGGGUGGCGCUCGGUGAACUGCGCGAUGCAGAUCAUGGGCGGCGAGGGGUACAUGACGGAGAACGAGGUCGAGCGGAUCUUCCGGGAUUCGCGGAUCAACCUCAUCGUCGAGGGGGCGAACGAGGUCAUGCAGUCGUUCAUCUUCGCGUACGGCGGCAAGGCGCUGGCGGAGCAGAUGAUCGGCGUGAAGGACCGCGUCGCGUGGGAGAAGGACGAGAGCCUGUUCGAGAACCUGGGCCGGAUCACGCCGAACAUGUUCAACUCGACGGUGAUGAGCAAGGCGAUGCCGCUCGGGGCGGAGAUCUUCUUCGGGAUGAAGAAGGCGGCGCCGCGGAUCACGAAGCUGCACGCGUCGCUCUCCCCGUGGGCGGAGAAGGUGGGCGAGCUCGUCCGCGAGCACUCGUACCAGUUCAAGAUCGCCUCCAAGGUUCACGAGGAGAAGAUCAUCGAGCGUCAGGUGGUGCAGGCGCGGGUCGCGGACGUCGCGAUCUACCUGCACGCGAUGAUCUGCACGCUCUCGCGCCUGGACAUGCAGAUCCGCGCGGGCGAGGACGGGAAGGAGUUCGAGCGCGACCGGGCGUCGGCGCUGCACUUCCUCGAAUUGGCCGAGCUGUGGAUCCGCGAGAGCUGGCGUGCCCUCAAGCGGAACGCGGACGACUCGAUGCGGGCGUGCGCGGCCGCGGCGAUCGCGUUCAACGACGACCUGCCGAACGACCGUUUCUCGAUCCCCGAGAAGAGCCCGACGGCGAAGGGGACGGGGCGGGCGAUCGACCAGGGGCCGAUCAAGCAGUUCCCGGGCGAGAUGCAUCAGCAUUCUGAAUCCCGCGGGGCUUGGCGGAUACCCAUGGUGGGCGCUCCGUACGGCCCUUCGGGCCGACACUCGCUCUCUCGCGCCCGCGCCGGAGUCAAUCCGGCGGGGCUUGGCGGGCGGUCAACGGGCUUCUUUGCAUUCGGGCGCGCGAAGAUCGAGAACAUCUCGAUCCUGGACGAGAACGGGAAGCUGGACGAGAAGCUCGCCCGGGGCGGGCUCAAGGACGAGGACGCGGUGUUCCUGUACGAGCAGAUGUCGAUCUGCCGUCAUUACGACGAGAUCGCGUUCAAGCUCCAGCGGUCGGGCCGCAUGGGCACGUACCCGCAGAACAAGGGCCAGGAGGCGAUCUCCGGGGCCGGGCUGGCGCUGAAGCAGCACGCGCCGGGGUCGUGGCUCGUCCCGUGCUACCGCGAGAACAUCGUGCUGUUCCUGAACGGGCUGCCGAUGGAGAAGAUCCUGCUCCACUGGAUGGGCGACGAGCGGGGGAACCAGAUCCCCGAGGACGUGAACGUCACGCCGAUCUCGAUCCCGAUCGGGACGCACCCGCUGCACGCGGUCGGGCUCUCGUGGGCGCUGAAGUACCGGGGCGAGAACGACAAGGUGGCGGUCUCGUUCUUCGGGGACGGGGCGACGAGCGAGGGCGACGUGCACGAGGCGAUGAACUUCGCGAGCGCGCUCAAGACGCCGUCGAUCUUCUACUGCCAGAACAACUCGUGGGCGAUCUCGACGCCGCGGUCCAAGCAGACGGGCUCGGAGACGUUCGCGCAGAAGGGCCUCGCGUACGGGAUGCACUGCGUGCAGAUCGACGGCAACGACAUCUUCGCGUCGUACCGGAUCAUGAAGGAGGCGAUCGCCCGGGCGCUGAAGGACGGGAUGCCGACGUUCAUCGAGGCGGAGCUCGAGGGGUGGGUCGGCAAGGACCCGCUGAUCCGCACGCGGAAGUACCUCGAGGCGAAGGACCUGUGGGACGAGAGCAAGCAGAAGGACCUCGACGCGCGGGCGAAGGAGCUCGUGAGCGGGAUCGUGAAGAAGGCCGAGGGCAUCGAGAAGCCGGUGACCGAGGACAUCUUCGAUUACACGUUCGUCGAGCUGCCAGAGGAGCUUCGCGUGCAGCGUGACACGAUGCGGACGAGCAGCCUGGGGCAGCACCCGGAGCAGGCGGGCAGUCUGACACUUGUGCAAGCGAUCAACCUGGCCCUGGCGCAGGAGAUGGAGGCGGACGACCGCGUCCUUCUGCUGGGCGAGGACAUCGGCGUGAACGGCGGCGUGUUCCGUGUGACCGAGGGGCUGCAGCAGCGGUUCGGCGAGGAACGCGUGGUCGACACGCCUCUCGCGGAGUCCGGCAUCAUGGGGACGGCGAUCGGGCUCGCGAUGGGCGGGCUGCGGCCGAUCCCCGAGAUCCAGUUCGAGGGGUUCCUCGGGCCGGCCGAUUCGCCCGAGGCGAUCUACGCGCACACGCCCGGCCUCAAGGUUGUGAUGCCGAGCUCGCCGUACGACGCGAAGGGGCUGCUGAUUUCCGCGAUCCGCGACCCGGAUCCGGUGAUCUUCUUCGAGCCGAAGCGGAUCUACCGCGCGUUCCGCGAGGAGGUCCCGGAGGACGAGUACACGGUCCCGAUCGGCGAGGGCAAGGUCGUCGAGGAGGGGACGGACCUGACCGUCGUCUCCUGGGGCGCGUCGGUGCUCCAGUGCAUCGAGGCGAUGGAUUCGCUGCCCGAGGACCUGUCGAUCGAGCUGAUCGAUCUGCGGACGAUCUACCCGUUCGACAAGGACAUCGUCGCGGAGAGCGUCCGGAAGACGGGCCGCUGCGUGAUCGUGCACGAGGCGCCGAAGACGGCGGGCAUGGGCGCGGAGAUCGCGACGGUCAUCCAGGAGGAGUGCUUCCUGUACCUCAAGGCUCCGGUGCAGCGUGUGUGCGGCUUCGACACGGUGAUGCCGUACUACAAGCUGGAGCUGGAGUACCUGCCGGACGCGAAGCGGAUCAGCAAAGGGAUCAUGGAGUGCGCGGCGUAUUGA